AUGUCUUCCUCACGUAAAAUACGAGUUGGUCUAGUUGGUUUCGGUGUAUCCGGCCGAGUAUUUCAUGCACCAUUUCUACAUACAAUGUCACAUAUGUAUGAAUUGCGAAGUGUAGUAGAACGUCAUACAAAUGAAGCAAUAAAAAUUUAUCCAAAUAUAAAAACCGUUCGUUCAACAACCGAAUUAUUUAAUGAUCCGGAUAUUGAUCUUGUUAUAAUAACAACAUCAAAUGAUUUACAUUAUUCAUUAAGUAAAGAAGCAUUAGAAAAAGGUAAACAUGUUGUUGUUGAAAAACCAAUGACAAUUCGAAGUAAUGAAGCAUUUGAAUUAAUUGAACUUGCAAAAAAAAAUAAACUUAUCUUAUGUCCUUAUCAUAAUCGUCGAUAUGAUUCUGGUUAUCGUACAAUUAAUGAUAUAAUUCAAAAGAAAUUAUUAGGUGAUGAAAUACUUGAUUGUGAAAUACAUUUUGAUCGUUAUCGACCUGAAUUAAAAGGUGAUAACGCAUGGCGUGAACGAGAUGAAGCAGGUGCUGGCAUUUUUUAUGAUUUAGGUUCACAUUUAAUUGAUCAAACAUUAAGUUUAUUUGGACAUCCACAAACAAUUACAGCUGAUAUUCGUAUACAACGACCAGUUGCACAUGUUAAUGAUUAUUUUGAUGUUCGGCUUGAUUACGGUCAUUUACGUGUAACACUUAAAUCUAGUAUGCUUGUUCGAGAAAUGGGUCCACGAUAUGUUUUACAUGGUACAAAAGGUUCAUUUAUAAAACAUGGUGAUGAUAUACAAGAAGGUGUACUUCGAACUGGUGUUAUGCCACCAAUAUUAAAUGAAAAUAAUGAUUGGGGUAAAGAACCAAUUGAAGAUUAUGGUCUUCUUCAUACAGAAACAAAAGAUGGUCGAAUAAUAAAAGAAAAAUAUGAAACAUUAAAUGGUAAUUAUGGACUUUUUUAUGAGCAAUUAUACAAUAGUAUUGUUCAUGGAAAACAAUUAGAAAUUCGACCGGAAGAUGGUUAUAAUGUUAUUCGUAUUAUUGAACUUGGUUUUCAAAGUAGUCAAGAGAAAAAAACAUUGCAAUGUGAUCAACUUUUAUAA